AUGCCCGACCACGAAGGCCCCACUGCCUCCUUCGCAAUGGGCAUCACAGAAGGCCACGCAACUCUCGACUCUAUCCGAGCCGUUCUCUCAUCAGGCCUUCUUCCCAAGAAUACUCACACCAAGUACGCCAUGUGGGGAUAUUCCGGUGGUUCCGUGGCCAGCGAGUGGGCGUCUGAGCUGCAAGAGCAAUAUGCGCCUGAGCUCAGCUUCUCGGGCAUGGCAAUCGGUGGCUGCGUCCCCAACAUCACUGAAACCCGCAAUAAUCUCACAGGAACCGCGUAUGCCGGUCUGUUCCCUGGUGCAUACCUCGGGCUGACGAGCCAGGACGAAGAAGCCCGUGAAUUCCUCGUCUCGCGCCUCAAAACAUCGGGCCCGUACAAUGCCACGGCAUUUCUCGCAGACGUGAACCUCACAGUCACCCAGGCCUUUGCUACUUAUGCUGGUCAGGAUAUCUAUUCAUACUUUGUUAAUGGACGCGCCGACCUGGAGAAUCCUAUCUUGACGCAAAUUGCGGACAGGAACUGGUACCAGGGCUAUCAUGGCGUGCCACUGAUGCCUACAUUUGUGUAUAAGGCAAUUGGGGAUGAGUUUUCGACUGUUAAUUCAACGGAUGCGCUGGUAGAACGAUGGUGCGGUAUUGGCGUUGAUGUUGAAUAUCAGCGCAAUACCGUGGGUACCCAUAUUACGGAGAUCACGAAUGGGAGGCUGAGGGCACUGGAGUGGUUGGGACAUGUCUUUGAAGGGACAGCGACAGUGGGUGGUUGUUCGGUGAAGAAUGUGACCGUGAAUGUUACGAGCUCUGCGUCGUAG